AUGAAUGUAAAUAGCUUUUUAUCACCCCGUCUUAUGGUUGGAGCCGCUAUCGUUGGGCUCGUCGGAGCGGCUGGAGUAUUUAUAUACGAACAGGUUUAUGCCGAGAAACGAAGAGCUAUGCUUGUUGGUGAAGUAGCGAGGCUGGAUAAGCAAGUAGCUGCUAUAAGAUCAGAAAUAGAAGCUCUUAGAGAAAUACAGAAGGAAACAAGUCUCCGGAGAGCUCGUCCCAAGCCUCGGGUCAAACGAGAAGCUGCCCCCGCUGCAGGAGAUGUGACCGACUCGGAAUACUUUACAGAUUGUCAGUCUUUAGUAGGCACAGAUAUAGAAAUGGACAGCGAGGAAUUCUACGACGUGCCUUCAGACGACGACACUUUGAGAGACACGCGCGACGAAAACGAUGAUGACGUACGUUGA